AGACGAGUCAAGUUUGGGUCAAAGUUGACAAAAGAAGGCAUUAUGGGAUGUAGCACCAGCACAACAAACAUGGAGGGGACGAAGACUCCACUGUCAUCUGGCGACAAAAUACUCAUCAAGCAAUCCUGGAGUCAGUUCACCAGCACAGGCAGCUUGGCAGAUGUAGGAGUACCAAUGUUUGCCAAAUUGUUUGCAGACUACCCAGAUGUGAAGACCUUAUUCUCGUUUAUGAGAGAGGGAGGUGGAUCACUGGAGAGUGAGGCUGUGAGGAACCAUGCCGAAGGGGUGAUGGGCGUGGUGGGUACGGCUGUGGAAUCUAUCGACAAUCUGGAAGGUCUUGUGCCGACUGUGAGGAGUUUAGGGGCAAAGCACUACACGUACGGGGCCCAGACAGCACAUUUAGGGCCUGUUGGCGAGUGUCUGCUGUACGCCAUGGAGAAGAAAUUGAAGGAAAAGUUUACAAACGAAACAAAGUUGGCCUGGUUGAAACUGUAUGACGUCAUAAGUGUGGCCUUCCAGGACGGUCUGGAGGAGGAGGGGCGUAAACAGGGCUGAAUGAAGAAGAGUAUUUAUAUAUAUAUUUAUAUUAACUUAACCUUAGUAUCGUUGGUGACCAGAUUGUGUCACAUCAAAAUGCACACUAAAGUCAACAACGUCUGUGAGUUCGUGUGGAUGUGUUGUGUCAUCGCCAGGUAGUAGAAUGUUCUGUUUGUGAUACUUCGGUGAACAUCGUAUUAGUAUCUCAUAGUCAAUGGCGUGUCAAUGCCGGUUGGUAAAACUUUCUGUCUGAUACAGGUUGUGUACCCUUAGUGAGCAUCGUGCCAGUAUCAUUUAUUCAGUGGUGUGUCGGUGUGGGGUGGAACCAUCGGUCUGUGGUACAAACUUCGGUAAACUUCGUAUAUGAUAUAGCUUUUUUUUUCUUUAUCGAAAAUGGAGUGCCUCGAGUGAAAUACACAUAAUAAAUAUACAGUCACUAUAACAGGAUCGUUUAUGUUAUCAACUUGUUUAAUUGAUACAUUUAUGUUCAGAUACGUGUUAUAAACCUACUAACAACAGAUGAGAGAAUGUCAUACAUAUGGAUGACACGUUAUGUACCUACAGAUACAUUGAUGCGUUACUGUGUAUGUUGGGGUACAUGACGAAUUGUUGUCAAUGCAACACCUUGCGUCAGUCGAAUGUCAUACCCAGUUUUAGUCAUAUGACAUAUCCUGUAUCGGUCACAUGUCAUAUCCUGUACCAGUCAUAUGUCACAUCCUGUAUCAGUCAUAUGUCACAUCCUGUAUCAGACAUAUGUCACACCCUGUAUCAGUCAUAUGUCACAACCUGUGUCAGUCAUAUGUCACACCCUGUAUCAAUCAUGUCACACCCUGUAUCAGUCAUAUGUCACACCCUGUAUCAGUCAUAUAUCACAACCUGUGUCAGUCAUAUGUCACAUCCUGUAUCAGUCAUAUGUCACACCCUGUGUCAGUCAUAUGUCACACCCUGUAUCAGUCAUAUGUCACACCCUGUAUCAGUCAUAUGUCACAACCUGUGUCAGUCAUAUGUCACAUUCUGUAUCAGUCAUAUGUCACACCCUGUAUCAGUCAUAUGUCACACUCUGUAUCAGUCAUAUGUCACGCCCUGUAUAAGUAAUAUGACAUAUCCUGUAUCGGUCACAUGUCAUAUCAUGUACCAGUCAUAUGUCACAUUCUGUAUCAGUCAUAUGUCACACCCUGUAUCAGUCAUAUGUCACAACCUUUAUCAGUCAUAUGUCACGCCCUGUAUCAGUGAUAUGUCACAUCCCUUAUCAGUCAUAUAUCACACCCUGUAUCAGUCAUAUGUCACACUCUGUAUCAGUCAUAUGUCACGCCCUAUAUCAGUCAUAUGACAUAUCCUGUAUCGGUCACAUGUCAUAUCAUGUACCAGUCAUAUGUCACAUUCUGUAUCAGUCAUAUGUCACUGCCGGUAUCAGUCAUAUGUCACACCCUGUAUCAGUCAUAUGUCACGCCCUGUAUCAGUCAUAUGUCACAUUCUGUAUCAGUCAUAUGUCUCGCCCUGUAUCAGUCAUAUGUCACACCCUGUAUCAGUCAUAUGUCACACCCUGUAUCAGUCAUAUGUCACAACCUGUAUCAGUCAUAUGUCACACCCUGUAUCCGUCAUAUGUCACACCCUGUAUCAGUGACAUGUUACGCCAUGUAUCAGUAAUAUGUCACACCCUGUAUCAGUCAUAUGUCACACUCUGUAUCAGUCAUAUGUCACGCCCUAUAUCAGUCAUAUGACAUAUCCUGUAUCGGUCACAUGUCAUAUCAUGUACCAGUCAUAUGUCA